AAAAAUGUUUAGCAGUAAACCAAAUUACACAAAAUUAAAAACUAAUUUAAAAUUAGCCGUGAAUCGCCUAAAACUUUUGGAAAAGAAAAAGGCGGAGAUUGCCCAAAAGUCACGCAAGGAAAUUGCUGACUUUUUGGCCACGGGAAAAACAGAAAGGGCUCGCAUUCGUGUGGAACACAUAAUUAGAGAAGACUACUUGGUUGAGGCCAUGGAAGUUGUGGAAAUGUAUUGCGACUUAUUGUUGGCCCGUUUUGGUUUGGUAACCCAAAUGAAGGAACUGGAUGAUGGUAUUGCUGAGGCUGUUGCAAGUGUGGUAUGGGUCUGCCCAAGGCUGCAAAGUGACAUUGCCGAACUGAAAGUUAUUUCCGAUAUAUUUAUACAAAAAUAUGGUCCAGAAUUUGCUGAGAAAACCCGCACCGCCACUGGGGAUCAUCAUGUUUCAGAGAAGUUAAUGCACAAAUUGCAAUUACAGGCACCACCCAAGUUAUUGGUGGAGAAAUAUUUAAUAGAAAUUGCCAAGAAUUAUAAUAUUGAAUAUGAACCAGAUCCUCAGGUUAUAAAUGAAGAUAAUCAAGGAAAAGACCAAUCGCUUAUAGAUUUAUCGGAUCGCAAUAAUUUAGGCGGCAGUGGUGAACCACCACAAAUGGGUUUCAUUGGCUAUCCCUCGCUGCCACCAAUGCCAAGUGUACCCAAUAACAAACCCUUUAAUUAUCCCCCACCCUAUGGUGGUGGUGGUGGCGGCGGUUCUGCAACAGCUCCCUUGCCUUAUGGUGCACCUCCAGCAGCAACCGGUGGUGGUGCAGCAGCUGGUGGAGCACAACCACCACCAUUUUCUUAUAAUAUACCACCAAAUGUACCAGCUGGAGCUGCUAACAACGAAGUUAAAGAUUUGAAUACACAGUUUAUAAAUGAGGAAACUAAAAGUGAAAUGCCAUCCCAAUUUGGUGAUGAUGAAGCAAUUGAUCCCAAUAUUUUGCGCCAGAAAAUGGACAAUGAUCCACCACCACGUUAUACUUCAAUAAAUCCAAUGAAUUUGCAGAAUUCCAAUAAACCAAAACCACAGCCACGUAGCAAAAUGCCACCACCUUCGGUCCAACCCAGUGCACCACCACCAUCAAUGGAAAUGCCACAGCUACCAAAUGUCCCGAUGGAUUUGCCAGAUAUACCUAACGAGGACGAUGACAUCAAACCCAAUAACAAUGAUGACGAUAUUGAUUUUGAUGAUUUAUCCAAACGUUUUGAAAAUCUCAAGAAGCGUAGAUAA